AUGAGAAGGAAGAAAGAUUAAAAUAAUCAUUCUCUCCAUUAGUUUUUAAAGCCUUUUUUAAUUAAGAGUUAUCAUUUCUUAAGUGCCUUAAAUGGCCCCUUAGGAGUUCAUUGCGAUCAUAAUUAGAACAAAGUUUUUUAAGAUAACUCUAAUUAAAAAUCUCAUGGAGAUAUUAAAAUAUAUCAUCAAAGAUCAAUUCUAAUUCAAGACAUCUUUCAAAGUUUUUAAUUAUGUAAAAAGUAAUGCCCGCGUUUACUUUUUCGAAAGGCUAAAUGUCAGUCCUAUCCAUCCGUCACAUGCAGAUCCUCAGAGCUUGAGAAAUUUGUUUUAAAAAGGCUUAUAUGUUUCAAGCCUCAUCUUCGAUGCAAAAAAGCACGGAGUAUUUGUCACUAUUUUAACAAAGUGGGUAAACCCUCUCUCUUACAAGCGCUUUAAUAUAUAAAAAGUAUUGUUUAAAAACAGACUCUAGAGAUGAAUGAAGAUAAAGACACAAAAAAGAAAGAAAAAAAUAAAUAAAUAAAAAAACAAUAAAAAAUAAAAAUAAAAAACAAUAAAAUAAAUAAAUUGAUAUUAGAAGAUUCAGAGGUACAGAUCUGGAGACUAGCUAUCUUAAGACAUAUAUGA